AUGUCCGACGACAUUCAGAUGGACCUUGAGCCAGCGCAAGUCGCGGUGGCACACCCAGACAUGAGCGCCGCUCAGCAUCCAACGACGGGAUUCCAAGCCCCCCAGUGGCCUCCACAAUCUGGAUUUGCCUUGCCUGCUCACCAGCAGACGGUGCCCCAGGGCGCAGAGACGGUCAACGGGCCAUUUGCAGCCUUCAUCCCUCCCGCCGUCGCAGCGAGCGCCGCAGAUCAAGAAGACGCACGCGACGAAGAGCACAGUGACAGAAUUCCUGCGAAAAUGCACAUCAGGCGACCUGGAAGAGAUAAUUGGUCUUAUGUCGGACGCGUGGGCGUCUAUCAGGAACUCACACCCAAGACACCCAUCGUCGUUGUUCGCUUGCAAAGUAACGACAAGACGAUCGCCACAUUUUCCGAAAGCUCAAACAUCAGUGUUGAUAAACGUGGUAACUUUAUAGUCAUUGCAUCUGUCGAGCCAGCGGGUGUAAUCUCGUACUCGCUUCAUGCCCAGACGAACAACGAUGCUCUUCGGCUCCUCGCUUCCAUCGAAUUGGCAGCCUACAAACUCGGCUCCGUUAGUGGCACCGAGAACCGCGCGCAAAGCAAGCUCCGCAGGAAGAUUGAGCGUACUAUUAGGGAAGACCGCAGGAAGCGCCACAAGAGGCGAAAAGACGAUGAUAUGCUCGUCGCAAUGCUCGGAAACGCUAGUCUUGACGUCCCAACCGUCUGA